CCUCUCACUCUCCAUCAACUCCACCACAAUCAAUUUAUACAUUUCUAUCUUUCACUCUAAAUCUCUGAAAACCAAACAUUAUUCAAGAUUGACAUAAAAAUUUUCAUUACAAAUGGCCAAGGACAAUGAGUAUGGCACUAAUCAAUAUGCCCCUAAUAAGGACUACCAAGACCCUCCUCCAGCACCACUCAUUGACCCUGAGGAACUUGGAAAAUGGUCUUUUUACAGAGCUAUUAUUGCUGAGUUCAUUGCCACACUUUUAUUUCUGUACAUCACUGUCCUCACUGUGAUUGGCUACAAGAGCCAAAGUGACACUACACAUAAUGGUGAUGAAUGUGGUGGUGUUGGCAUUCUUGGCAUUGCUUGGGCUUUUGGUGGCAUGAUUUUCGUUCUUGUUUACAGCACUGCUGGCAUUUCUGGAGGACACAUUAACCCAGCUGUGACAUUUGGGCUAUUCUUGGCUAGAAAAGUCUCAUUGGUUCGAGCAGUUAUGUACAUAAUAGCACAAUGCUUAGGAGCCAUUUGUGGUUGUGCUUUAGUGAAGGCAUUCCAAAAGGCUUAUUAUGUUAAGUAUGGUGGUGGUGCUAACGAGCUAGCUGUUGGUUACAGCACUGGCACAGGAUUAGGUGCUGAGAUUAUUGGCACUUUUGUCCUUGUUUACACUGUCUUCUCUGCCACUGACCCCAAGAGAAAUGCUAGAGACUCCCAUGUUCCUGUAUUGGCACCACUACCAAUUGGAUUUGCUGUAUUCAUGGUUCAUUUGGCCACUAUUCCAAUCACUGGAACUGGUAUUAACCCAGCCAGAAGUUUUGGAGCUGCAGUCAUUUAUGGCAAAGACAAAGCCUGGGAUGACCAAUGGAUUUUCUGGGUUGGACCUUUUAUUGGUGCUGCUAUUGCUGCAUUGUACCACCAAUACAUUUUGAGAGCUGGGGCAGCCAAAGCACUUGGCUCAUUCAGGAGCAAUGCCUAAUAAUAAGACUGCAUUUAUAAGCUAUAUUGGCACUUAAUUUUAAAUGUGCCAAAAAUUGUCAGUUUGAAGCUUUAAUUCCUUCUUGUUUGGUUGUUUUUCUUA